AUGAGCUAUGCUGGUAAACAUCCCAACAUUGUUGAGCUUGUUGGAGUUCAAUUUGAUAAAGGUGGCAAAGGUUAUCUCGCCCCCACCGAGAUUGAGACGGUUAAACCGUUUGACACACACACGCUAUUACUUUGGACAAAACAAGUUUGUUCAGCUAUGACGUUUCUGUCUGCAAAGCAGAUAAAAAUUAACUCCGGAAGUUACGUGCAGAUAAUUCACGGAGAUCUUGCCGCACGGAAUGUACUCGUUGAUGAACACUUUGUCGCGAAAAUUUCCGAUUUCGGCCUCUCCAGACAGAUUUAUGACCAAUACAAGAAAUAUGUGUUUGCCAAAAAGGAAACUCAGCUCCCAUGGAGAUGGCUUGCCAUUGAGACGCUAAAACAUUCUAAAUUCUCUAGCGAGUCAGAUAUCUGGGCGUUUGGGGUGUUCAUGUGGGAAAUGUUCAGUCUGGGGGAUACACCUUACACUGCCGGAAGUCAAUGGGGACCAGAAUUCGUGUCCUUCCUCGACCAAGGCUUGAGACUGGAGGCACCGGAAUACGCGCGACAAGAAAUGUAUGAAAACAUUUACCUCAAAUUUGUGAUUGCCCUUUAUUGA